GUGACGUGGGGGGAGAGGCCGUGGGUCGAGCAGUGGGGAUGUCCUCUCCAGCCUUGUCCUCGGCGGUGGCUUUGGCCACAGCGGCCUCCAAGAAGGCUCUUCACGCCCUGGUGGGUCUGGCGGAAGCUCUGGGAAAGCCGGAGACGGUGCCGUCGGCGUUGAUAUCGGCCAACGCGGCGCUGGCGGACGCCGAAGUGGCGUUGACCGAGUUGGAGGCGGCGUUGGUGGCGGCCGUAGGAGCGGCGGCGGCGGCGCUGAAGCCGCCAUCGUCGGGAAUCGAUGCCGAAGGGCUUUACCGGGCAUUGGAAGCGGCCGCCGCCGCCAGCGCUUCCCAACUGGAACGGGAGCUGAGGCGCAAUCGGCGCUAUCGGUGCCACCUCCGGAUCGUCCGCAACAUCGCUCUGGCCUUGAUGCUUCUCUGUGCUCUGCCCCUGUCCCUGGACGCGGUGCGGGAGGCGCUGGGGGUGACCCAGGAGAGCCACUUGGUCCCCACUUUGGCCACGGUGGCCGUCAUCUGCCAAGUGGCCUUCUGGGGACAGACUGGGGACACUGGAGGGGGACACUGGGCCAGACUGGGGACACUGGGAGGAGACAUGUCCCUGGACGCGGUGCGGGAGGCGCUGGGGGUGACCCAGGAGAGCCACUUGGUCCCCACUUUGGCCACGGUGGCCGUCAUCUGCCAAGUGGCCUUCUGGGGACAGACUGGGGACACUGGAGGGGGACACUGGGCCAGACUGGGGACACUGGGAGGAGACAUGUCCCUGGACGCGGUGCGGGAGGCGCUGGGGGUGACCCAGGAGAGCCACUUGGUCCCCACUUUGGCCACGGUGGCCGUCAUCUGCCAAGUGGCCUUCUGGGGCGCCGCCACCUCCAAACGUCACUUGGCCACCGCCGUCCGUCACCAACGUCACCAAGCUGCUCGCUACCGUCACCUGGCCUGGGACGUCACCACCGCCGCCACCGCCACCGCCCACGCCGACGCCGCCGUCACCGCCGCCAAUGCCACCUUGGGGACCUUGGAGGAGGUGAUGGGACACCUGAAGGCCUUGGUGGACGCUGUCCACCGAGAUCUGGAGGUGACCAAAGGCUUCCCGAGCGCAGCUCGAGCUCUUGGGGACGCCGUGGUGGCCUUGGGGACGGCGUUAGGGGACAAAGAAGGGACGGAGAGCUGGGGUCACCAGGAGGGUUCUUGGUGUCUUGGGGACACCAGGAGGUCCCAUCUGGGGCCACCAGGGGGGUUCUUGGUGUCUUGGGGCCACCAGGAGGUCCCAUUUGGGGCCACCAGGAGGUUCUUCUUCAUCCUGGGGACACCAGGAGGUCCCAUCUGGGGCCACCAGGGGGUUCCUCUUCAUCCUGGGGCCACCAGGAGGUCCCAUCUGGGGCCACCAGGAGAUCCCUCUUCAUCCUGGGGCCACCAGGAGGUCCCAUCUGGGGCCACCAGGAGGUUCCUCUUCAUCCUGGGGCCACCAGGUAGUCCCCUCCUUGCCCUGGGGUCACCAGGAGGCCCCAUCUGGGGCCACCAGAAGGGUUCUUGGUGUCCUGGGGCCACCAGGAGGUCCCAUCUGGGGCCACCAGGGGGGUUCUUGGUGUCCUGGGGCCACCAGGAGGUCCCAUCUGAGGCCAACAGGAGGGUUUUUGCUGUCCUGGGGCCACCAGGAGGUCCCAUCUGGGGCCACCAGGAGGUUCCUCUUCAUCCUGGAGCCACCAGGAGGUCCCAUCUGGGGCCACCAGAAGGGUUCUUGCUGUCCUGGGGACACCAGGUGGUCCCCUCCUUGCCCUGGGGACACCAGGAGGUCCCAUUUGGAGACACCAGGAGGUUCCUCUUCAUCCUGGGGCCACCAGGAGGUCCCAUCUGGGGCCACCAGGAGGUUCCUCUUCAUCCUGAGGCCACCAGGAGGUCCCAUCUGGGGCCACCAGGAGGUUCUUCUUCAUCCUGGGGACACCAGGAAGUCCCCUCCUUGCCCUGGGGCCACCAGGAGGUCUCAUCUGGGGCCACCAGGAGGGUUCUUGGUGUCCUGGGGCCACCAGGAGGCCCCAUCUGGGGCCAACAGGGGGGUUCUUGCUGUCCUGGGGCCACCAGGAGGUCCCAUCUGGGGCCACCAGGAGGGUUCUUGCUGUCCUGGGGCCACCAGGAGGUCCCAUUCGGGGCCGCCAGGAGGUUCCUCUUCAUCCUGGGGCCACCAGGAGGUCCCAUCUGGGGCCACCAGGGGGUUCCUCUUCAUCCUGGGGUCACCAGAGGUCCCAUCUGGGGACACCAGGAGAUCCCUCUUCAUCCUGGAGCCACCAGGAGGUCCCAUCUGGGGCCACCAGGAGGGUUCUUGGUGUCCUGGGGCCACCAGGAGGUCCCAUCUGGGGCCACCAGGGGGGUUCUUGGUGUCCUGGGGACACCAGGUGGUCCCCUCCUUGCCCUGGGGACACCAGGAGGUCCCAUUUGGAGACACCAGGAGGUUCCUCUUCAUCCUGGGGCCACCAGGAGGUCCCAUCUGGGGCCACCAGGAGGUUCCUCUUCAUCCUGA